UGUCGCUGAAGUAUCAUCGGAAAAGAUUUCACAUACAGUGACAAUUCACCAACAGGAGAUCGUCACUACGACAGACCCAGUAGGAUUGAAAAGGCCAAGUCGCCCAAUAGUUUCUGACGUUACUUCAGACUCGCUGAAACUUUCGUGGAAAGCGCCAGAAGCUUUUCAGGAAGGUGACUAUUUUCAAAUUGGAUACAAAGAGACCUCAGCAGGGUCGAAAUGGAAAUUUUUUACAGGCGAAUUCAUUGAGUUAACACAGAUUCUAACGAAUAUAAAAUCCGAUACAAAGUUUGUCUUCCGGGUGAGAAUUGUUUUCAAUGACGGUGAAGGUCCCUACAGUGAAGAAAGUGAAGAAGUUAAAACGCUAAGAUCUCCUGCAGCUGACUUCGUUGAUUCCUUAGAGCGCAUUGAAAAUUCAUCAACUACACCAUAUCGUUAUGCAUUACCACUGUGUGAAAUAACAGCAGCGAGAAACAUCACCGCGAAAACUCGGAAAUUUGAAAUUGGAUCACCAAAUGAGAAUUCUGUUGGAGAGAAGACUCUUUUAAUAAUAGGAGAAACAGGAACUGGAAAGAGUACCCUGCUUGAUGGAAUUGCUAACUACAUACAUGGGGUUAAAUGGGGCGAUCCUUUCAGAUUUAAUAUAAUAAAUUUAGAAGAGGAAGAAACGAAACGUACAAAAAAUCAGGCUCUGUCGCAAACGGAAUGGAUAACAUGCUACACUGUUUAUCCAAAGGAAGGAAGUAGAAUUACAUAUACUCUCAACAUUAUCGAUACACCGGGAUUCGGAGAUACACGGGGACUCGAACGAGAUCAAGAAAUUGUUGAACAAAUCCGCCAAAUGUUUUCGCUACCCAAACCCAAGGGUGUUAUGUUUAUCGACGCAGUGUGCUUCUUAAUCAAGGCACCGGAUUCACGUCUUACACCAAUUCAGAGCUACAUAUUUCAGUCCAUAAUGUCAAUGUUUGGAAAGGACAUAGAGAAAAACAUAUGUUCUCUUAUAACAUUUGCAGACGGUAUGGAUCCUCCAGUUUUGGCAGCUUUGCUGGAAUCUGGUUUGCCCUUCGGACAACGGUUUACCUUCAACAACUCAGCUUUGUUUGCACGUAAUACAGACCUUUCGCAAAUGACUUUAUCACCCAUGUUUUGGGAAUUGGCACUUUUAAGUUUCCGAAACUUCUUCAGGCAUCUUGAUACCCUAUCAACAAAAAGCUUGCAACUGACAAGUGACGUACUUAAUGAAAGAAAGAGAAUAGAAUCCACUGUCCGAACCAUUGAAAAGAAUCUUGAAAUUGGACUUCUUAAGCUCAAUACACUGAAAACCGAGAAAAAAAUAUUUGAAGACAGCAGCUCUGCCAUUAAAGAUAACGCAGAUUUUACCUACGAAGUGGAGACAACACAACAAAUAAAACAGGAUCUGCCACUGGGCAUGCACGUUUUAAACUGUACACAUUGCCACUUUACGUGCCAUGAAAAUUUCGGCUAUGCUAACGACGAUGAAAAGAUUAACUGUAGUGCAAUGAAUAAAGGUUAUUGUAUGAUUUGUCCUGACAAAUGUUUCUGGCAAAAGCAUACAAAUUCAAAUUACAAAUUCAUUUACAAACAGGUCAAAGAAACCAAAACAUAUUCAGAAAUGAAGAGGAAAUACGAAGAUGCUACUGGGAAGAAGCUAACACUGGAAAAAGUUUUAGAAAAAUUAGGCGAAGAGUUAGACCAGAUGGUAGAUGUGAUUGAAGAUAUGAUGACGACUGUCAAAAAUUGUAAUGAACGUCUUAAUGAAAUUGCGCUGUGUCCCAACCCAUUAUCAAUGGUUCAGCACAUCGAUUUGAUGAUUAAGAAUGAAAAGAUGCAGCGCAAAACUGGCUACAUGGACAGAAUUGAAACUCUUCAACGAAUCCGAAAAAGGGCAGAGAUUUCCAAGGACGUAGACAUGUUUUACAAGGAAGCUAAGCUCCUUGGAGUGAAAGGAAAGAGACAAAAGGAUAAACGCUCUUUAUUCCAGCGCUUCAACGAUGUUUACAAGUUUGAUUUUUGAACAUAAAUUCGGACACGCUGGAUACGAGCAGUAUACAAUAAUAAACCUGUGAGAGAUCUGUACAUAAAUCAACUCAAGAUUUUAUCUUUAAUGCACUUUUAUUAUUGUGUUUAAUUAUGUUUUUUCAUUAUUGAUGCAAAACAUGUUUGUGAUAUUUUUCGCUUUAUAAAUGUUUGCGCUCUUUUCAUAAAUUGUGUUGACAAAAUCAAACACAAACAAAACAAUUUUUUUUAUUUAUUAUAGAACAAUGAUACACCCGAUUCGUGAAAAAUGCAAUUUGAUAAAAAAAGAGUAAUUUUUAUUACUUUUUUAUCAAAGCUCAUUUCAACAUUCAUGAUUAAGAAGUAAAUGUUAUCGAUAAUGCUUUUCUUGUUAUUAAUUUGCUUCACUAAGACUGAUUUAUACUUAUACAUAAUUAAAUGUUUGAAAUAUAUUAUUUGAUUCCAAACCGUACAGACAAAAAUCCAGUGUUGGCCGUUUACUUUAGACUUUCUUGAAUACCACCAAGCUUAUGUAUUUGCUUCAAUAACGCUUUAGUUAUUUUUGCUAGUUUAGUUGUUUUAUUUUGUUGAAUUAUUUUAUACAUAACACACAAUGAGAACAUUUCAUAAUAUAUAAUGAUACAUGCAUAUCAUAGAAUUUAUAUUUUGUAUUGAUUUGUUAUAAGUUGAUAUUGGUUUACCGUAUUCACAACGUAGCUUUAUAAUUAAUCUAUAUUUUGCAUCUUCCGUAUGUCUUCAACUUGCUUUCGAAGUGAAUUCGUAAAAUUCGUUCGUAUCAGUGAAUUUAUGCGGACGAUGAGAGCAGUGUAUUUAUUUUUAUGUAACUUGACUUGAAUCAUUUUAUUUUUUGCAUUUCAAAAAUAAA